AUGGAUGCAGAGCCUAUUGCCGGCCCGUCUGGCCAGAUCACUACAUUGACAAGCUCCUCAAGGAAACGAGGCACCUGGUCCAGCACCAGUGAAGACACAGAGGUCUACUCAAUCACAGGUGACGACUCAUCCGAUGACAGCUUCGUGUCGGUGAGGAGCCGAAGGGCUAAAAGGAGGCUUAUCAAGGCGUCGUCCCCAGUGAGUACGUCAACCAUGCAGGCAGGCAGUGAACGCUGGCCGCACACCAUCCUCUUCAUGCCAGUGGAUUCUUCCGUCAACCUUCGAGUAUUGAACAGGACAAACCUAGGGGUCUUUCCCUUCCGGGACGGCUGCAAAAAGGGAAAGAUGACCUUCCAGGGAAAGGUGUACAAUUUCCUUGAGCGACCGACGGGCUGGAAGUGCUUCCUCUACCAUUUCUCAGUAUUUCUAGUUGUAUUGAUUUGCCUCAUCUUCAGCGUCCUGUCCACCAUCGACCAAUACAGCGAUUUUGCCAUGUCAUCUUUGUACUACAUGGAGAUUUUUCUCGUAGUCUUUUUUGGAAUGGAGUACUGCGUCCGGCUUUGGGCUGCCGGAUGUCGGAGCAAGUAUCUGGGAUUCUGGGGACGGUUGCGGUUUGCUCGAAAGCCCAUUUCUAUCAUAGAUCUCAUCGUCGUUGUCGCUUCUGUUGUGGUCCUAGUGGCCGGGUCGAACGGCCAGGUGUUUGCUACCUCAGCCAUCAGGGGAAUUCGUUUCCUCCAGAUCCUGCGCAUGCUCCACGUGGACCGGCAGGGAGGCACUUGGAGGCUGCUCGGGUCCGUAGUAUUUGUACAUAGGCAGGAGCUCAUCACAACGCUGUACAUUGGUUUCCUGGGCCUGAUCUUCUCAUCCUACUUCAUGUACUUGGCCGAGAAAGACGCCAUGGGCAUCGAGGGGAAAUCCGAUUUCACAAGUUACGCCGACGCCCUCUGGUGGGGAGUGAUAACGGUCACAACCAUCGGCUACGGCGACACUGUUCCUAGAACCUGGAUGGGGAAGAUUGUGGCCUCCUGCUUUUCUGUUUUCGCAAUCUCAUUCUUCGCGUUACCUGCGGGCAUUCUAGGAUCAGGGUUCGCAUUGAAGGUCCAGCAGAAACAACGGCAGAAACACUUCAAUCGUCAAAUACCAGCGGCUGCCACAUUAAUUCAGUGCCUGUGGAGGUGCUACGCAGCGGAGAAAACUUCCCGGUGCGAAGCCACUUGGAGGAUUCACGUCAAGGAAUCCAACCAUGGUGGCUACAACUCGGGAACACCACUCAGCAGGGUGGCCAAGAGGGCGAGCGUGCUGCGGCGACGCAAGUCCAAGCAAAAGAUCGACGUGUCCAACUACUCGACCAACACGGCCGCCAACGAGACGGAAGGUGACUCGCAGGCCGAGGACAGCGCCAAAUUAGGGCAGCGACGAAAAACGAUAUCGACGUCCAGCGCAAACUGUCACGACGCAAACAACGAAUUCGUCGAGAUCGACAUGGACGAAUCGCCUCAAGUGACCAGCCUGACUGAAGCACACAAAAACGCCAUUCGCGGAAUACGCAAGAUCAAGUACUUCGUUGCACGAAGAAAAUUUCAGCAAGCACGUAAGCCCUACGAUGUUCGUGACGUCAUCGAACAGUAUUCUCAAGGGCACGUAAACAUGAUGGUGCGAAUAAAGGAGCUACAGCGGAGGCUUGACCAGACGCUUGGGAAACCUGGUUCCUAUCUGAACGAAAAAGGCAUGAAGCCAAUGACUGUUGGAGCCAGGCUACAUCGAAUGGAAAUGCAGCUCAUGUCCUUGGAGCGAAAAGUGGACAGGGUUCUGUCUAUGCUGGAACUCAUCACCAGCGGACACAAAGCCGACCACGGACCGGAGUACGACAUUUGAAGCGAUGGCUCCGCAGUGAAGAACACGAAGCAGGCGCUGAAAGCCAAGCAGUUUUGUCUUGCCCCUGAAUUCGAAGAUCUGCAUCCAAUGCAUCUGCAGCUUGGCCAAGAGUUGUAGGAGAUGCGUCUAGCGGCCGAUCGACGUUUUCGAAUCCGAAGUUGUCCGAUUCACUCGUGAUCAGCGUUGUACUGAUCCGUGGAGGUGUCGCAAUAGUUCUUUGCGAGAAAUCAUGUCGUUUGCCCCUCAACACCA